AUGGCAGAAAUGGAGAAAGAAGGACCUCCCGAAAAUAAAAGGAGCAGGAAGCCGGCUCACCCGGUGAAGCGGGAGAUCAACGAGGAGAUGAAGAACUUUGCAGAAAACACUAUGAAUGAGCUCCUUGGCUGGUAUGGUUAUGAUAAGGUUGAGUUGAAAGAUGGAGAAGAUAUUGAAUUCAGGAACUACUCGGCAGACGGGGAAAGCCGCCAGCACAUUUCUGUUCUCAAAGAAAAUUCUUUGCCAAAACCAAAAUUACCUGAGGACAGUGUUAUUUCACCGUACAAUAUAAACCCAAGCUACCCAGGGCUUGCAGCAGGAAAUGGACUAUCGGACUCACCAGCAGGGUCGAAGGAUCAUGGGAAUGUACCUAUUAUUGUCCCAUUAAUUCCACCACCUUUCAUAAAGCCACCAGCAGAAGAUGAUGUGUCAAAUGUACAAAUAAUGUGUGCCUGGUGCCAGAAAGUUGGAAUCAAGCGCUAUUCCCUGAGUAUGGGAAGUGAAGUGAAAUGCUUCUGCAGCGAGAAGUGCUUUGCAGCUUGCCGAAGAGCAUAUUUCAAGAGAAACAAGGCUAGAGAUGAAGAUGGACAUGCUGAAAAUUUUCCCCAGCAGCACUAUGCUAAGGAAACUCCAAGACUUGCCUUCAAGAAUAACUGCGAACUACUUGUAUGUGACUGGUGUAAGCACAUAAGACACACAAAAGAGUAUCUGGAUUUUGGGGACGGGGAAAGAAGGCUUCAGUUCUGCAGUGCAAAAUGUCUCAAUCAGUACAAAAUGGACAUUUUCUACAAAGAGACACAGGCCAAUCUUCCAGCUGGACUGUGCAGCACAUUACAUCCUCCAGUCGAAAAUAAAGCAGAAGGCACUGGGGUGCAGCUGCUGACUCCAGAUUCUUGGAAUAUACCACUAGCAGAUGCUCGGAGAAAAGCCCCAUCCCCAGUGUCUGCAGCUGGCCAAAUUCAAGGUCCUGGACCAUCAGCAUCUACCACUGCCUCUCCGUCUGACACUGCCAACUGCUCUGUCACUAAAAUCCCUACACCAGUUCCCAAACCUAUUCCCAUCAGUGAGAAUCCAAAUAUUCCACCAGUUUCUGUCCAGCCACCUGCCAGCAUUGUGCCUCCAAUUGGUGUCCCACCUCGCAGUCCUCCGAUGGUGAUGACAAACCGCGGGCCAGUUCCUCUGCCCAUAUUCAUGGAACAGCAAAUUAUGCAGCAAAUCCGUCCACCGUUUAUUCGUGGGCCACCUCACCAUGCCUCAAAUCCUAACAGCCCUCUGUCAAAUCCAAUGAUUCCUGGAAUUGGUCCCCCACCAGGUGGUCCCAGAAAUAUGGGUCCCACUUCUAGCCCCAUGCACAGGCCAAUGCUCUCCCCCCAUAUCCAUCCUCCCACAACACCUACCAUGCCUGGGAAUCCUCCUGGCUUGUUGCCGCCUCCCCCUCCUGGAGCUCCUUUGCCCAGUCUUCCCUUUCCCCCUGUCAGCAUGAUGCCAAAUGGUCCUAUGCCUAUGCCACAGAUGAUGAACUUUGGAUUGCCAUCCCUUGCCCCGCUGGUGCCACCCCCAACUCUACUAGUGCCAUAUCCUGUCAUUGUCCCUUUGCCCGUUCCCAUCCCCAUUCCCAUCCCCAUCCCUCACAUCAAUGACUCCAAACCCCCCAAUGGCUUCUCCAGCAAUGGUGAAAGCUUCAUUCCGAGUACCUCCAGCGAGACGCCUGGGGCAAAGCCAGCCAAUAGCUCUUCAUCUCCUCGAGAGUCAAAGCAAGGAUCGUCUAAAUCCUCUGACUCAUCGCCGAGCUGCUCAGGCCAGUCCCUUAAUCAAGCUCAAGUGCUUCAGGAGCACAGUAAAAAUGAAGUUGUUGACUUGACUGUCAGACCUAGUAGUCCAGUGAACAGUAAGUUUGGUUUCCCCAGUGUGCUGCAGGGUCCACAGGACGGUGUGAUAGACCUAACAGUAGGCCACCGGUCUAGGCUGCACAACGUUAUCCACAGGGCUUUACACGCCCAAGUGAAAGUUGAACGUGAACCUAACAGUGUUGUAAAUUUGGCUUUUGGUAGCUCAGACAAAAGGAACUGCAGUGACUGCAGGGACAACUGCAGCCCAGUUGACUCAAAAACAUUACCGUGCAGUGACGGAGCUCACUGCUGUCCCGUCUCCUUGGCCUCUGGCACGCCGGGACUGGAAGCUGGUGCAGCGGUGUGCAACGUCAUUGUGAAUGGCACAAAGAGCACAGAGGGUUCCAAGAACCUGGAGCUGCCCCAGGAGCCAAAAAAGCCCCAGCCUCCAGAGGAGCUGGUGGUGAGCGAGCUGGAGUCUGUUAAGGAGAACAACUGUGCAUCAAACUGCCUCCUCGAGGGAGACGCUGGCAAGAAGACUGGGGAAGAGCCCCUUGCCGGGGGAGACAAACAGGACCCGAACCUUAACAAUCCAGCAGAUGAGGACCAUGCAUAUGCUUUGCGGAUGCUGCCCAAGACAGGUUGUGUGAUCCAGCCUGUGCCAAAACCAGCAGAAAAGACUGCUAUUGCACCGUGCAUUAUCUCAACACCAAUACUCAGCACAGGGCCAGAGGAUCUGGAGCCACCAUUGAAAAGGAGGUGUCUCCGAAUUCGAAAUCAGAAUAAGUAAAGGUUUGUGUGAUCACUACUGCCUUCUGUGUGAAUAGAACUGAGUAUUUUCAGGAGCGCUUGCUGACAGGGUACCUUGCAUGGAGAAAGGGAGCAGAGCAAACCACGUCACUCCACCGAAUGACACCAGCUGGUCCGCUCACCACCCCCUCUGGCUAAAAGUCCAGCAAAGAAAGCAG